AGAAGAGGGAGGAGAUUCACUUAACAACCCUGACAAGGGGCACAAGCUUUUCUUUUUGCUGCUGCAUGACACUGCUGACACAUGCAAAGCUUGGAGGUUUUCACAUGUACUACUGGCAAGAGGAAAUUCAUAGAAAUAUGGGAUCCACUCCCACCCUGAAUGAUGACUGUAGAGGUCGCUGCAAAGCAAAAUGUUCACGUAGAGAAUAUGUGGAUUCAACAACCUCCUGCGAUCAUCCUGAUCAUGUCUACUGCUGCCGAAAUAAAGGAACCACUCCCACCCCGAAUGAUGAUUGUAAAGGUCGCUGCAUAUCAAGAUGUUCACGUAGAGAAUAUGUGGCUUCAACAACCUCCUGCAAAGAUCCUGAUCAUGUCUACUGCUGCCGAAAGGAAGGGAAUAAUAUUUCUCCACCACCCACCAACCCACCGAAGGAAAUUUGUAAAGGUUGUAAACGAAGUUGUUCAGAUAGAGAAUUUGUGGAUUCAAGAACUCACUGCCAAGAUCCUGAUUAUGUCUACUGCUGUGAUAUUCCAGGGAAUAAUAUUUCUCCACCACCCAACAACCCACCGAAGGAAAUUUGUGAAGGUUGUAAACGAAGGUGUUCAAAGACAGAAUUUGUGGAUUUAAGAACUCACUGCCAAGAUCCUGAUUAUUUCUACUGCUGUAAUCAUCCAGACUUGCUUCCCUUCAAGAAAUUAAAGUGUAAAGGUCGCUGCAAAUCAUCUUGUUCACCUAAAGAGUAUGUGGCUUCAAAAAUCGUAUGCCUUAAUCCUGAUCUUGUCUACUGCUGCACAAAAAAAGGGAAUUAUAUUUCUCCACCACCCACCAACCCACCGAAGGAAAUUUGUGAAGGUUGUAAACGAAGGUGUUCAGAGAGAGAAUAUUUGGAUUCAAGAACUCACUGCCAAGAUCCUGGUUAUGUCUACUGCUGUGAUCUUCCAGACUUGAUUCCCUUCAAGAAUAUAAAGUGUAUCGGUCGCUGCAAAUCAUGUUGUUCACCUAAAGAGUAUGUGGCUUCAAAAACCGUAUGCCAUAAUCCUGAUCAUGUCUACUGCUGCACAAAAAAAGAAUUUAAGAUCAGACCAAAGAAUAAGAACGAAUGCUAUAAAAUGGAUGGUGUUUGUGUUAAGGAUUAUUGUCCCGAGGAGCACAUCAAGAUUGGAAAAUGUUCCAGAAUUAUGAAAUGUUGCAUAAGUAAACACUACGAAGAUGAAUACGAAGAUUGAAUAUUGGGGGCUGUUCCAUCACUUGGAGAGCCACUGGAUCCUGCUUCAACCCUAGCUAGAGUCUCCUUCAGCUUCUUCACCAAAGCAUUCAGAUCAAAAGAAGAAGUGCUUGCAACAUACUCCAUGAUUAUAUGAGCUUCUCCAUUGCAAUAAAAGUGAAU